GUCCUUAUAUAUAUUACAACAGAAGAUCAUAUGGUAUAAGAGCAGUCUUGAAGUGCUCUCGAUCAUCACGAAGCUGUCCUUCAUACCAUAAGGUAACCCUCUAUUUGUGCAAUCGGGACUGGCCUCUGUCACCGAUCUCGUGUAGUCCUCUUGAGGUCUAACCAUGUCAACUGAAGAAGAUCAACAUUCCAAAUCUCCAUCGGACGAGAACUUGGCUGCGGCGGAAGAGCUAGAGCUCACCGAUGAGCCUCUAGACGAUGUGGAGGAUGUGACGAGCCGCAAUGUGACGAUCAGUCCUGCCAAGAAGCAGUUGGAGACCGGCCUCCCUACCAGUCAGUCGCCUAGCAAGUCGCCUUCCACGUCUCCAGGUAAAGUCAAAGCUGCCGCUGCAAUGUUCGAAAAGGGAUCAAGUUCACUCGAUCGCCCAAAGCCGGCUUCGUCGGGGUCUUUCCGCUCCAUUCCCGCGUCAUCAUCCAAGACCAGUCUUGUACCUUCCUCUUCUCCCCCCACCCGAACUCAGUCCAGGACGCCAUCCAUCACUUCCCCCUCCGCAACACAUCUCGACUUACCCGCUUCGACGAAAGACGUGGAGAUCACGGGCGAACCUAGCACACCGACCCAGGUGCCGAAAGCUGGUACGAACGAAGCAUUCUCAGAGAUCUCACUCUCCGCGACUACUCCACGGAAUGCCACUGCAGCAGACAAAGCGGAAGCCAGAAGCUACGCUUUGGCGCCGAUGCCGGCAGCGAGCAGUCCACGAGAGAGCGACGUGCCGUUACCAGAGACAUCUAAAGCACAAAAGCCCAAAGCCUCCUUCUUCACUUCUGCAUUGGGCCUUGCGUCAUCUGUAUCGGCCGCUUCAGCCUCGACGAGCGGGAUCGAGUCCCCAAAGCCCACUAGGUCAACAUCAUCGACAUCCAACGGCUCUGGAUGGAGAUCCACCGUGUCAAACAUCCUAGGCUCAAGGACUACGACCACACCAUCUCCCAAUCCUCCUGUCGUCGACGCUACAUCCCCAAUCAGCUCGCAGACCACAAUCAGAAGCCCAGUGAGCGCCGCGCUGAGGAGCACAUCCACUGGCUUCAUUGUAAAUCGCAUGGACUCUCCAGUGGCAUCUCGAGACCGUCGCAUCAGUCGACAGGACGGAGGUGAAGAUAAACUCAGGGCGGGCUUCGAGAGAGUCAGGGGGGAGAUGGAGGAUGCCGCUCGAGAGAUGCGAAAAGAGCAGCAUCACGCGGAAGAGGAUGACAUCCGUCAAUCUUCGUCCAACGUUGAUUGGAUCUUCUGGGGAGCGGUGGUUCAAGACUAUGAGGAGGUUGCGCGUGAGAGACCUCGCGAGCUGUCCCGCGCCAUACAGCAAGGCAUUCCUCCGGUCAUCCGCGGAGCUAUUUGGCAGCUCAUGUCCUCAUCCAAAUCUACCCCGCUAGAGGAGACGUACAAGGCGUUGCUCAAGCAGACAUCAUCUCACGAGAAAGCCAUCGCGAAAGACAUUAAUCGCACUUUCCCGAAUCACAAAUUUUUCCAAGAAGCCGGAGGGGUGGGCCAGGAGAGCUUGUUCAUGGUUGUCAAGGCCUUCAGCCUAUAUGACGAGGAUGUGGGCUAUACACAGGGCCUAGCAUUUAUUGUGGCGGCAUUGCUUUUGAAUAUGCCAGACGAGGAGGCGUUCUGUGUCCUGGUCCGUCUGAUGGACUCAUAUAACCUCAGAUCAUUGUUCCUCGCCGACAUGCCAGGCUUGCAACUGCGACUGUUCCAAUUUGAUCGAUUGGUGGAAGAAUUGUUGCCCUUGGUCCAUACACACUUUAUCAAGAAGGGAGUCAAGAGCAGCAUGUUCGCGUCGCAGUGGUUCAUGACCCUAUUCUCUUACAGGUUUCCCCUCUCUUUGGUAUAUCGAGUGCUGGAUAUAGUCUUUGCCGAAGGCAUAGAAGCCAUCUUCCGAUUCUCGCUCGCCCUGUUACACCAAUCUCAAGAUAAGAUUGUCAACUUGGAGUUUGAGCAGAUCCUCCAGUUCCUGCAGACUGAUUUAUUCGAGAUAUACCGUCGAAAACCGGACGAAGCGGACACCAAGGAAUCUGACAAUGACGGCAAGGGUGCAGCGGACGACGAAGAAGGAGAUUGGCGGGCCAAUGGCUUUGUCAGGGACGCGUACGAGAUGAAGAUCACACCCUUCAUGCUCGACUCUUACGAAGCCGAAUAUGACGACAUGUGUCGAGCGCAGAACAAGCACGCUCUGGAAUUGGACCAACUGCGGAACGCGAACAGAAGUCUCAGUACACAGGUCAAACAACUCGAGGCGUCAUUAGCAGCUAUCAAUCAGGAACACGUCGAAUUGGUGCGCCAAUUAGUGAUGAGCAAGAUAGACAAGGAAGAGACCGAGAACGAGCUCGUCCGGUAUAAAAUGCUCUAUGCGGAGCUCGCACAUGCUCAGCAAGAUGCUCUGUCGACUCACAGUCGACUAUCAGGUCCAAGCUGACGAAUUUUCUACACCUACUCGGAGUGACCGGGAAGGAUGAUGGUCGGCAACGGCGUUAUCUGACAAUGGUCCGGGGGACCUCAGCAUACUAUACAACAA